CAGGACACAAAUGACCUUCGAGAUGCCAAUUGCCAAUCCUUCCGAUCUUCCGCAAUCUUUUGCUCACAACAUCAAGCAAUCAAACACUUUACUGCUGAUCUAAGAAUUGAAUUACCGUGUCAACCAAGAUGGCGAAGGAUAAUAGUCCUCACCCAGUUGUUCCUGGAAGCAGUUGUUAUGUGAACAAGACGGCUCGUUUCAAUGUGAUUGAUUUGCCUGGUGUUUCCCAACCCUCGAAAUUGAGCUCCCCAAAGCCUGCUACUACUAGUACUACGACGACCAAAACAGCUCCUGUGGCAUCCUCCAAACGUUUCGAAGCAGCUCGUCCCAAAGCAAUUCCCGCCAGCAAACCAGCGCCUGUGGAAGCUCCAGUCAGUAGUACUAGCAAAGCGACGGGAAAAGCCGCCGCACGCCGCGGUCCUCCCACGGCGGAAUUGGAAUGCACGUGUGGCAAUGUGAUUCUUUCGAUUGCCGGUCCUCCCGUGAAUCGAUUGGAAUGUUGUUGUGUGGAUUGUCGCUUGGCAUUGCAGUGGUGUCAACGAGAACGCGGCGGUCCUAGAUUUUCGGAUCCUGCCGUCGAUUUGAUUUACUUUCGCAAUUGUCUGCAAAUCGAACAAGGCGGAGAACACUUGGAAGUCUAUUUGAUUGCGCCCAAUAAGGGAUACAAUACCCAACGCGUCAUUGCCGCAUGUUGUGGUACCGCUAUGGUGGGAGAUCAUCCCUACUUUCAACAACCCAAUAUUCUCGUGACGUACCCCGAUACCGCCGAAUUGACACUCAAGGGAGGCCAUGGCAGUCAUCAGAAAAUGAUGAUGCCCAAACGACGCAUUCACGAUGCCGAUCUAGGACACAACGAUGCCAUGCGACAAAAAUUAGAGCCCUUUCCGGCUUGCUCUACCCGUGAGUCCGAUGACGACAGUAACAACAACCACGACGAUCCCCAUUUGCACCAGUGGAAGGCCAAAUAUCCAAACUAUACCAAUCUGCAGGCACUCAUUUCCGCCAUUGGACCCGUGCAAUACAUGAUCACCGAUCCAAAGUUUCAGGGAAAGGAAACGGAAUACAAUCGACAGCAACGAUUGGCACAAUCGGCGGCGGCUUCCAAGUACUAGAAACAAACAAACAAACAGAAAAUAAGUCAGCAGCAACUAAUAACUACUCACUACUAAACUUUAAGAGAAAGACUAGGUC